UUUGAAGGGCUGGAGGACCAGCGCGGCCGGCCCCGGGGUCAGGCUCGGUGCCCUGUGUUGUUAUGGCAGGAGGCCGGAGAGGCUCCAACAGGACGUCCUACUGCCGCAACCCCCUCUGCGAGACCGGGCCCGCCGGCGGCUCCGCUCACUCCUCCAGCGCCUCCGUCACCGGGGUCCGCUCCCGCACCAGGACCAGCUCGGGCCCGGGCCUCUCUAGCCCCCCGUUGGCCACCCAGACGGUGGUGCCCCUGCGGCACUGCAAGAUCCCGGAGCUGCCGGUGCAGCCGAGCGUCCUGUUUGAGCUCCAGCUCUUCUUCUGCCACCUCAUCGCCCUCUUCGUCCAUUACAUCAACAUCUACAAGACCGUGUGGUGGUACCCGCCCUCUCACCCGCCGUCUCACACCUCCUUGAACUUCCACCUGAUCGACUUCAACGUGCUUACGGUCACCACUAUCGUGCUGGGGCGGAGGCUCAUCGGGGCCAUCGUCAGAGAGGCGUCCCAGAGCGGCAAAGCGUCCUUGCCCCACUCCGUCUUCCUGGUCGUCACACGCUUCGCCGUCCUCACGGGAACCGGCUGGAGCCUGUGUCGCUCCGUCAUUCACCUCUUCCGGACGUACUCCUUCCUCAACCUGCUGUUCCUCUGCUACCCGUUUGGGAUGUACAUCCCGUUCCUCCAGCUCAACUGCGACUUCCGCAAGGCGGGCCUCUUCUCCCCGGCGGGCGACGUCGGGCCGCGGGAGGCGGGCGACGGGGCGGCCCGGGGCCGAGACUACCUGACGGUGCUGAAGGAGACGUGGAAGCAGCACACGCGGCAGCCGUCCGGGGCGGAGGCCAUGCCCACGCACGCCUGCUGCCUCUCGCCCGGCCUGAUCCGGAGCGAGGUGGAGGACCUCAAGGUGGACUUCAACUGGCGCAUGAAGGAGGUGCUGCUCAGCUCCAUGCUCAGCGCCUACUACGUGGCCUUCGUGCCGGUCUGGUUCGUCAAGAACACUCACUACUACGACAAGCGCUGGUCGUGCGAGCUGUUCCUGCUGGUGUCCGUCAGCACAUCGGUCAUCCUCAUGCAACACCUGCUGCCCGCCCGCUACUGCGACCUGCUGCACAAGGCGGCCGCCCACCUGGGCUGCUGGCAGAAGGUGGACCCCGCGCUCUGCUCCAACGUGCUGCAGCAUCAGUGGACGGAAGAGUGCAUGUGGCCGCAGGGGGUCCUGGUGAAGCACAGUAAAAACGUCUACAAAGCCGUGGGCCACUAUAACGUGGCCGUGCCUUCCGACGUCUCCCACUUCCGGUUCCACUUCUUUUUCAGUAAGCCCCUGCGCAUCCUCAACAUCCUCCUGCUCCUGGAAGGAGCCGUCAUCUUCUACCAGCUGUACUCCCUCGUCUCCUCGGAGAAGUGGCACCAGACCAUCUCCCUGGCCCUCAUCCUCUUCUCCAACUACUACGCCUUCUUCAAACUGCUGCGGGACCGCCUGGUUUUGGGCAAGGCCUACUCUUACUCGGCCAGCCGGGAGGCCGAGCAAAUGCUCAAUUGACCCCGGGCCCGGCGGAGGAGGGGGAACGGGACGGGAUGGG